AUGAAGAUACGAGGUAUGUAUGCACAACGAAAAAGACAAAUCUGUCAAAAUGGGAAAACGGUACUCAUUGCUCUCAUUGGACCACUUGCUUGCUCUCAACUAGGUUUCCGUCAUUCGCAUCGCCGGCACCGCGGCUUUAAAGUGCUCUCGUUUCUCUUUUGCUGUGCUUUUGGAAGCCCUCCAAGUUUGCAGGAAAAGGAUCGUCGAGAAACAGGUGCGCGCCCCACCAGCAGCUCCAACAAUAUCACCAAUUCGCAAACAGUGACAUCUUCGAGCAACUCCAUUACGUCCAAUGAUGAGGCAGCUACAGCAACAGGGAUCGACGUUUCACCUUUGGAAACCAAACUAGUCGAGCCAGAGCCUCCACAUGUACAACAUCCACAGCAACCACAGCAACCAUCACCCCAACAACAGCAACAGCAACCACAACCAGUGCUUAAACCUGCAAUAGAUACAACGGAUGAGAUGUCAGAAUGCAAGGCGACAACUACAACACCUACAACAGCCCCUGCUCAGGAUCAUUGGCUAUUGAAACCGCAAUCACCCGAAGAUCAAGGUCGCAAAUGUUUGGUACUUGAUUUAGAUGAAACGCUCGUUCACAGUUCUUUCAAGAUGACUGUGGAUGCUGAUUUCGUCGUACCUAUCGAGAUCGAUGGACAACCCCAUAAUGUCUUUGUACUGAAACGACCUGGCGUGGAUACUUUUAUGAAACGAAUGGGAGAGAUUUAUGAGGUGGUUGUCUUUACUGCAAGUUUGUCAAAGUAUGCAGAUCCUGUAUUGGAUAUUUUUGACCAGCACAAUGUUGUUCGACACAGGUUAUUCCGAGAAUCUUGCUUCCAAUACAAAGGCACCUAUGUAAAAGACCUUUCACAACUAGGACGUGAACUUAAUCAAGUGAUUAUUCUCGAUAAUUCCCCUGCAAGUUACAUUUUCCACACUGCCAAUGCUGUCCCAGUGUCGUCCUGGUUUAAUGAUCCGCAUGAUUCUGAGCUAUUGGAUUUGAUUCCCUUUUUUGAAGACUUGGCUCAUGUAGACGAUGUUACCGAUAUCCUCGACACCACGAUUCCUGGUCCAUUCUCGCAUUUGUGA